UCUCUCUCUCUCUCUCUCUCUCCCUCCCUCCCUCUCUCUCUCUCUCCUGCAGGGCAGUCGGUGUCGAUCGCCCCUACAUUCUGAGCUUGAACUCAAACGGGAUCAGACCGCUGAAGUUAGGGUUAGAGAAUUCUGGGUAAACUUUACUGUCAACGGAAACUAACUAACCAACAACCACAGAGCCUGAACCAGGACCAAAGACUGGACCAGGACCAGAGACUGGACCAGGACCAGACACUGGACUCUGGAGGACCUUUGAAGAAGUCUGAACCUGAAUCCUGUCGGACCAGAUCCAAAAGAGCCGAGACAAAAGGAAAGUUUAAAGUAUGAGCAGCAGACUGGACGGAGGAGGAAGAGGAGGAGGAAGAGGAGGGAGGAAGCUCUUCCUCAGCUCACACCGCUGUCCUGAAGUCGACCUGCUGCCUCAUCACGACUCAAAGACUCAGAUCCCUCCACCCUGUUCCCUAGUUCCUGCUGAGAGGAGCCACGCAGGUCGGUCUGAGCAGACUUACCUGUCCAACUGUUGCUCUGCGGGGGAGGAGGGGGAGGGGAGCGUCAGCGAGUGGUCGGAGGAAGAUCUCUCCCUCCACUUCUCUCCCUCCAUCAUCCUCCAAUCAGAUGAUGAGUCAGAUCCAGAGAGUGGCUUUGAGUGUGUCGACGUUACCGUGGAGACACAGGUGAAAGGUCCAGAGGGGGCGGGGCUAAAGAUGGUCCCGAAGCGCCUGAUUCAGCUGAAGAAGAAAGAUGCGGUGAACGCCGCUGAAGGGGGAGGAGCUGACGGGGAGCUGUCGGCCAAUGAGCUGCUCCGUCCCCGCCCUGAUCUGUUGCUACGGCAACAUAGUAUGCCGGCAGCCCUCCCCCCGAGCAGCAGUGAUGUGGAUGGCUGCAGCGUGUACAGGGGUCUGGUGGCCGCGGCCCCCCAAGGGUGUAAUGGAGGAGGAGACUCGGCUCCGAGGCAGCGGCUGCAGAAGUCCUUCUCUCUAGACGAAACUAAAACCAAGAUGGCGUCCUGCAUCAUUAAGAGCAUUCUGUCUAAGAAGAUGCAGGUGGAGCAGAACAACUCCACUUCCUGUCUCCCCCCCCAGAGGGUAAGGGAAGGGGGAGGGGGGAGAGACGUGAGGAGUUUAGUUAAAAACACCCACAGCCCCCCCCCCUCCUACCAUCAGGCUGUGGGGGUCAAAAGUCACUCUGAUCUGGCAUUAGUCACCGCCUCCAGAGGACACGUUGCCAAGGUCGCUGCGUCUCUCAGCCAAUCACAGGACAGGAAACAAAGAGGCAAAUUCAGUCAUCCAAUCACGCAGCAGAGACGAGGCAGCGAGUCGAAAAUCAGUGGAGGUAAAGUGGAUGAUGUCAGCCAAUCAGAGGCCCCCAGAUACAGCUACGUGCACAGCUACGUGCACACGCCCCAGAGAUACCUGCAGCCCCCCCCACCUGUUCCCGCCCCCCAGAGCUACCUGCAGCCCCCCCCACCUGUUCCCGCCCCCCAGAGCUACCUGCAGCCCCCCGCACCUGUUCCCGCCCCCCAGCGGCUGAAGAUCUCUGAGGAGAACCACUCUGCCCGGCCAGGUCCCUUCAUCAAGACCGCUGGAGACUGGGAUCACCACAGCAACAUGCAGACACCUGCCACACACGAUCACCACGGCAACACGCCGACACCUGCGAUACAUGAGCAGGUUCGGCAGCUUCAGCAACACGGGCAGCAGCUCCAGCAGCAGGCGUUCCUGUGUUUCCUGCCAGCCCAGGGGGGAAGUGAUGUCACAGGUUCUGGGGCGCUCCCCCGUGGCCCCGCCCCCUGUGGCCCCGCCCCCUGUCACAUGAUGCUGGAACCUCAGAGUGGCCGGUGCUUCUACGUGGACUCGGCUCCCCCUCCUCAGAGGAAGGUGCUGCUGGAUCCGGAGACCGGGCAGUUCUUCCAGGUGUUUCUACCUGCAGACACCAACACCGGCGUGUUCGCGGUGCACUGUGCAAACUCCGCCCCCACUAUGAUAAGCCCCGCCCCCGCCGUCCUGUCAGUGCUGCAGUUCCAGCCGACGGUCGCCGUGUCCUCGCUGUAUGCCCCCCCCUGCCUCGCCUUCACCCUGCACACACCGUCAGCACCCUGAUGACAUCACAAUCUGUGUGAUGACGUCGCAGUGUGUGUUGACAUGCAUUACAAGUUUUAUCUUGUAAUUAUUUUUGUAUUCUAUUUUCAUUAAAUUUAGUUUUAGUUUUUAGUUAUUUAGUGUUUUAUAUUCAUCAGACAUUCUGUGUUUUAGUGAGAGGUUUCCAUAAUUAAUAAAUCAAAACGUAUAAUUACACUUUCUGUGCUAAAAUGUAGCUAACACAUGUAGCUAACACAUGUAGCUAACACACAUGUAGCUAACACACAUGAAGCUAACACACAUGAAGCUAACACACAUGUAGCUAACACACAUGAAGCUAACACACAUGAAGCUAACACACAUGAAGCUAACACACAUGUAGCUAACACACAUGAAGCUAACACACAUGUAGCUUGUUACAUGUGCCUCUGUGUGUGUCUUGUUUCCUCUCUCUCUCUGUUCCUCCCUCUGCCUGUUGCACACCUGAGUGUAAUCAGUGCUCAGGUAGAGUGG